CCUCUCAAGUCGCCAAACACGCGACAAUUGGGCAUAAACCACCCACCUUGCAAAACGCAUUCAGCAACAUCAACGCCGACACGACAAGACCUAUCACAUCGUGGAGCUUAUACCGAAACCACUUUGCCAUAACAAAUAGCGUAGGAAUCCAUCUUCGCCUUUUUCUUGCUAUUGAGCCUUCGACUUACGCAUCGCGUUUGCUGUAGGAUAGUAAAGUUACCACGAAAUCGACACUACAGACCGACAAGAUGGCAGAACAACAGUCACCUCCACCGGCCGGUGGUCGCGAUAAGCUCGAAGCCCAAAUCAAGUCUGCAGAUAUGACGGAAGACAUGCAGCAAGAAGCAAUCGACGUCGCUCAGGAAGCUAUGGGCAAAUACACCAUCGAAAAGGAUAUUGCACAGCACAUCAAGCGUACCUUUGACGAGCGAAAGGGUCCGACCUGGCACUGCAUCGUAGGAAGGAACUUCGGAAGCUUUGUCACUCACGAAACGAAGCACUUCAUCUACUUCUACCUAGGGCACUGCGCCAUCCUGCUCUUCAAGACGCAGUAGAGUAGCGGCUUGUAGUUUAAGCUACUAGCUCUUCCUAGAGUUUAGUCUCUUGGUGGCGCGGGCGUUUCGCGUUUGUUUUACUUGCGAAGAAGACGUUUCCCAGGGGCACAAAUUUGAUGGUAAUACAUACCCUAAUUAUGGUAGAUUGAUCGCUGCAUCGAUAUGGGUCACUGUAUAUCGUCAUACGAAAAAUACCGUUGUUCAUAGAGAAAAUAAUAUGAAUAUGCAAAAUACAGAACGUGUGAUGUCAAGCAUGCUACAGCUCAAAUAGCGUUCUCGAUAUACUCGGAGAUACUCAGCCAAGAAACUUGAGAGAAUACGCCCGUGAUAUCAAGCACUAGAAUUCAGGUUCUACUCGUAAUUUGAAUGUUUCAAGCGAUAUAGUAUACUCUUCAAGCGGCACGUCGGUUCCGCACUCCGCAAUUCGGCUCCGCAAGCUGUCUUUCCG